AUGAUGCAAAGAAGUGCAACUUUUGUUUCUUCUGCGUUUUCGAAUACGUUUUGGAAAGUGUCACAGUUGGCGGGCAAUGCCAAAAACUAUGUAGUGAACCUGGGCAAGGGUUUUUUGGAAGGGAGAUUGGCUGAGAUGAAGAAAAGAUCUGCGCUUAUUGUGGGCCUUCAAUUUGAAAACCUAAACGUCGACUCCAUAGAACUCGUUUUCAAGAUCUCCGUGUACAACCCCUUCGAGUUUUAUCUUCCCGUCAGUCGGGCCUCUUUCAAAUUGAAAAGCGGCGGCAGCAGCGAUGCUUUAUCAGCGACGUUGAAAGAGCCUGCGUCACUGAAGCCGGGAGAAGAGUCCAUUUUGCUUGUGUUGGCAAAGGUGCCAUUCAGUAUGCUCAUGACCUUGGCAAAGGACAUUUCUGAAGAUGCAGAUAUUGACUAUGAGAUCGAUUUCAACAUCCAAAUUAAGCUUCCUAUCAUUGGGGCCGUUUCCUUGCCAAUCCCUUGCAAACAACAGGGCCAGCUCAAGAUUUCUGAUCUGUUUACCAAUUUGUUGAAGGAAAUUAAUUAA